GCGCGUGUGUCUACGCUAUUCUCGCGGACGCUGCGACUCACAAUUGCUUCCCCUAGGGUUUCGUUGUUGCAAUCCCAGUCAAUGUUCAUGUACCACGGAUCCUAACCCCUUUCCCGUCUACCUCACCGAUCUCCGAUUCCUUGAUUCGAAUCCUCAAUAUUGGCGCUGUGCGUAAAAAACCCUCGAAAAACCCUAAAUUUCCGUUCAGAGAAAAUUGUCAACGAGGGAAUGGCGUCUGGUGCUAUAGCCGGUGGUGGAGUUUCGAAGGCGAAGCAUAAAUGGAGUGACAGUGGCAGCAAAAGCCAAAAACGAUCGACACCCACGAUGGCGGCGAGACAGGAGAGGCCGAUUCCGCUCGUUGCUCACUCUAACUCGAUUGGGUCGGAGGAAAAUCAACAGACGAUGAAGAUAAGCCUGAGCUCAAUUUCGAAGCUUGAAGUCAGGAACUUGAAGCGGAAACUAAUGGCUGAGCUGGACGAGGUCAGGAGCUUAAUCAGCCGGCUCGAACCACGAGGCCACAACGUCGCCGGAGGUCUCGCGGAGACGCCGGCGGCCAACAAGAAGCUCAAAACAGCAAACGGUGGUAGGAAUGGGGGACACGGAGCUGCUGAUAAAGGUACGCUUCAGAUUUUGAAGAGCUGCAACAAUCUGCUUACGAAAUUGAUGAAGCAUAAGUUUGCAUGGGUUUUCAAUACACCAGUGGAUGCAACUAGCCUUGGUUUACAUGAUUACCACACCAUUGUUAAAAAGCCUAUGGAUUUGGGGACUGUGAAGACUAAGUUGAGCAAGAGCUUGUACAAGUCUCCCUUGGAUUUCGCUGAGGACGUGAGACUUACUUUUAACAAUGCGAUGCUGUAUAAUCCGAUUGGGCAUGAUGUGCAUCGUAUGGCUGAGUUUUUGUUGAAGAUGUUUGAAGAGAAAUGGGCUCCGCUUGAAACACAGUACGAGUCUCUCAGUAGAAGGCAACAAGAACCAGCCCGUGAUAUCGAUUUUCAUCGUCCUGUUUCAACAAACACUCAUUAUGUAGAGCCAUUACCAUUACGAGCUCAUACACCUUCCCCGUCUCCUCCUCCUCCUCCUCCGCCUCCUACAGUAGUUGAAAAUAGGACUUUGGAGAGAGCAGAAUCUAUGACAAACCCAGUGAAAACUGCAGUUGUAGCUGCUUCCCCUGAGAAGCCUGAAGAAGAAGAGGGAUCUGGAAAUAGGGAAUUGACGUUUGACGAGAAGCGGAGGCUUAGUGAAGACCUUCAGGAUUUACCUUUCGACAAGCUAGAGGCAGUUGUUCAGAUUAUAAAGAAGAGAAAUCCGGAACUUGCUCAACAAGACGAUGAGAUUGAGCUGGAUAUUGAUAGUCUUGAUCUCGAAACGCUUUGGGAGCUUCACAGAUUCGUGACCGAGUAUAAGGACAGCUCGAGCAAGAAAAAGGAAGAACAGAGGUUGGGCUCGGAAAGAGAUGCUGAAUCUGCUCACACUAUUGUCCAAGAACCGAACACUCUAGUAACUGGCCCGGAAUCGCCAAAAGUUAAAGAAUUAGGUCAUGUGGCAUCUCCUGUUCGACAAGAAGUAAAUGCUGGUGGAUCAAGUAGUUCUAACAGUUCCAGUAGUGGAUCAGGCUCGUGUUCUAGUGAUUCUGACAGUGACAGCUCAGGGCAUGGGUCUGAUACCGGAUCAGCAAGAUGGAUCCUUGAUGAACUCAAGAGCAACGAGAGUCGGAUAUUCCAACUCUAUGGCUUCAGACAAAAAGAAGCAGUGUUUGUUACUAAAGAGGACCAGCUUGAUGAGAGCUGCAAUGUCUUUGAAGGACAGUGGGUUUGGGACAAUGUCUCUUACCCUCUUUAUACAGAGAAGAGCUGUCCUUAUUUGGUCAAACAAACAACAUGUCAACGAAACGGACGGCCUGAUUCUUAUUAUCAGAACUGGAGAUGGAAACCGAACUCAUGCGAGUUGCCCAGGUUCGAUGCUCUGAAACUGUUGGACGUGUUGAGAGACAAAAGAGUGAUGUUCAUAGGAGACUCAGUGCAGAGAAGCACGUUUGAGUCAAUGAUCUGUAUGGUGCAAUCAGUAAUACCUGACAACAAGAAGUCUUUUCACAGGAUUCCUCCUAUGAAGAUCUUCAAAGCUGAGGAAUACAAUGUAUCGAUCGAGUAUUACUGGGCACCUUUCAUCGUGGAAUCAAUUUCGGAUCAUGCAACGAAUCAUACAGUACACAAAAGGUUGGUCAACCUCGACGCCAUUGAAAAACAUAGCAAGAGCUGGGAAGGCGUCGAUGUUCUAGUCUUUGAGAGCUAUGUGUGGUGGAUGCAUCAACCUAAGAUCAAUGCAACGUAUGGAGAUACCAGAGAAGUCCACGAGUACAAUGUGACGACUGCUUACAGAAUGGCGUUAGAGACAUGGGUCAAGUGGUUAGUGACGAAGAUCAAUCCCGUGAAGCAAAGAGUUUUCUUCACGAGUAUGUCUCCGACUCAUCUAUGGAGCUGGGAGUGGAAUCCAGGGAGCGAUGGAACCUGUUAUGAUGAGUUAAAUCCAAUAGACAAACAAUCAUACUGGGGCACAGGAUCAAAUCAAGAAAUCAUGAAGAUAGUUGGUGAGAUUCUAAACAGAGUCGGAGAAAAUGUGACGUUCCUGAACAUUACGCAGCUGUCAGAAUAUAGGAAAGAUGCACACACGACCGUGUAUGGAGAACGGAGAGGGAAGCUCUUGACGAAAGAACAGAGAGCUGAUCCCAAAAACUAUGGAGACUGCAUCCACUGGUGUUUGCCUGGAGUUCCUGAUACAUGGAAUGAGAUUCUCUAUGCAUAUUUGCUACGAAGUCAUCGGAAUUCGUUCUGA